GCCCUAUAAAUCAAAUUCAGACAUCUCUCAUUUGCAUAUCCCAACAAUUAUCUCCUGUGAGAUAAAAAUGGCGUAUAAGUUUAUCAACAUCUUCUUGAUUCUCAGUCUCCUACUGAUCUCUUUAGCCACUGCCUCUCGCCCUCAUCAAUCUACCAUCAAAAUCAGUGCCAUCAAGGAUGCAGAGGUAGAGGGCAUAGAGGUUGAGGAAGCAAGCUGUGAAGGAGUGGGGAAGGAAGAGUGUUUGAUGCGCAGGACUUUGGCUGCCCACAUUGAUUAUAUCUACACAGGGGCACAUCCACCACGCCGUCACCAUUGAGGCUUGCCUUUUUUAGGAGGCUAAUGCGAUUUUGCCUCUUGUAAUAGAUAAUAAUGGUCACAAAUACCUUUUCAGAGCAUGAUUUCCCAUUCUUAAUAAAAAUUACAUCUCUUUCAACAGGUUGCUCUCUCGAAUCCUGUAAUUGUGGAUAAUUUCUUUCUUUUUCUUGUGUGUGUCAUUGCAUCAUGGAAAAACAACAGGGUAAACUUAGAAUACAACAGAAGAUGCUUCAAACUGUAUAACAUUCUAAGCUAUGAAUUUUGAUAAAUAUGACAGUGAGUUCGUGUCUGGGAGAAGGAAAAAAAUGAACUUUGAUUCUAAGUUUCAGGUACCAAGUUUACCUUAAUUCCUGGAAAUAGCAUGCAGAAGCAGGAAAUCCAGCUGCUCCUUUAUUUUCUGUGCAGUCAGAUGUUAAACAGCAACCGGUCCUUAUCGAGCCAAGAACUCGGUGCAAAUGCCACUGUAUUCUUUAUACUAUCAGAAUUGCUUCCUUGAAAUUCGAAA